UCUUCCCCAUUUAGUAUCUGAUAAACGAACACAGCUUCAUAACUCACAACUUGAAGACUAGAUCCAAACAUCAAACAACUCCGAUUAACCGUUCGUUCCGACUUCCGAGCACACAGUUCCGAAUGCCAAGCAAUUCAACAUCACACGCCGAUUCCGAGUCCAUUCAUAAUUCCGAUUGCGAGUCGGUUCGCUCCGAAUCAAUCGAUCAUACUUCCGAUUGCGAAUCAACAGCAACUCUGAUUCUGAAUCAAGCCAUGUCACUUCACAAAUCCGAAUCAAGCAAGUUCUUUUAAGUUCCGAUUGCGAGCCCCAUAUCUCGAUUCCGAUUAUGUUCGCAGGUGCUUCAGGAGAUCUUGGCAAGGCGAAGGCAUGAUCGUACCACUCCUCAUGUUUUAUGAUUUGUGUGAUAUGGUUCUGGGGGAUACUCUGAUGUUUAAACUAUUUUGAAAACAAGAUGUAUGAACGUAAUGGUUUUGAAUGAAAUAAAGUGUUUUAAAUUGGUUGAAAUUUUUGGUCGUUACAAGUUGGUAGCAGAGCCUUGGUUUGAGUGAAUUGGAAGAACAUUCGUGUGAAUCCAGUUUCAAAUCAAGGAGAGGUUUUCAAAAAUGGUUUUCAAAUGGUUUUCAAAAUAAGUAAAGGGGGACACAGAGGGUACGAUCAGCUGGAGCCAGUAUGUUACCCCAAAAUACCAUACAAGUUAUUUGUUUUUGAGAUAUGUUAGAACAGCAUGCUAGUACUAGGCUACGGAUCUUCAUGAAUUGCAUGAUAGAAUUGCCUGAUUUAUGAUGCCUGUUAGCCUAGGGUUUCCUUGAUAUGAGGUAUUCGGUAUUCCUCUAAGGGUGAGGAUUGAGUGCUUGUUAUGUAUGUUGUCCUUAGGGCGUUGUAGUGAUACUUGAGACAAAUAUGGGUAGGCGUGGAAGGUAGUAUGGGCUCGUACUACUGAAAGCACAGGACCCAUACGCAUGUCAAGGAAGUCACAACCCCUAGGUUGUUGGUUAGAGGUUAGUUCUCGGCGGUUAUCCGAGGUAUCUGAGAUUCUUAUGGUUCAUUUCAGUAUGGCGGAUGUGAGACGUUUCGAGUCAGGAUCCGGUUCGGGAUCGGGAUCAGGAGAGAGUGGUCAGGAUGGAUCAGCACCACCCGAGAUAAUUGGUCAGAUGAGUACGGAUGAGUUGGAUGCUAGGAUUCGGGACAUCCUGCAUGAUGAGGUUGUUGCUAUGUUCCGGGCUGAGUUGCCGGAAAUGUUUGGGUCGAUCAAGACCGCCAUGGUUGAGUAUUUUGAUGAGCGCUACGCGGCUCUUGCAGAGACAGCGGCCGCGGCAGCCGCAACGGCUGUGGCAGCGGCAGGGGGAGGAGCCUGUCGGGGCUUUCAUGUUGGAUUAGUGUCUAAGUCCAUAACUAUUUUGGUAUGUACUUGACCCAAUGGUGCAUGGUCCUUUUGGGUUGCCUUCACCAAAGCAACUUGAUAGGAUGAAUUAUGGAGAGAAAUGAUUAAACAUGAUUUAUUAAUAUAUUAUGAGAAUAAUAUAUUAAAGGAGAAAUCAUAUUGUUUAAUUAAUAUUAGUCAAGAAUUAAUAAGAAUUAAGUUUGUGACUAAAAGACAUUAAUUAAACUUAAGGGCCUAGAACUGUCAAUUUAUGAUAGUUGAAUAUUGAGCUAAGGGACUCCAUAUUAAAGGGGUGGACGAAUUCUAUGGGGAAACCCAUUAGAAAUCGUCCAAAGGCCUUUAAGGAGGGAGUCCAUGGGUUGCUUAGGGCCUAAGCAUCCAAAUUAGGGUUUCCUUGUUAGAUAACCCUAAUAGCCUCACUAUUUAAAGGACCCUUAAGCCCCAAAAACGUGGUGAACUAAUUGAUUAGGGUUUCCACACGUUUUGGGCAGCCUCCUUCUCUUAUCUUCUUCAUCCUCUUGCUCUUGGUGUUUGUGAACCAUUAGAGGAGUGACAUUUGUGACUCUAAGCUUUCUAAAGUCAUUACAAGGAGGAUUUGAGAUUGUUAUUGCUACAUAACAAUCAAGGUAUGAUCUAAACCCUAAUUUAUAUGUUGUAUUGAUUAUCAUAUGCUAGAUCUAGGGUUUAUAGUCUUGGAUGAAUUGUAUGUACAAUAGAGAAACCGAGAUCCAAGCAUUAGGGUUGUAUGAGCACAUAGGAUGUUCUUAUGGCUAAAACCCAUCAGUGGUAUCAGAGCCUUGAUUGGUUUUUAUUGUAUUGAUGCAUAUUUGAUCGAAAUCAGCACUGAAAAUCGAUUUUUUGAGCUUCUGAGUGUUUGACUCGCCGAGUCACUUGGUGAACUCACCGAGUCAGCUGUACUCGACGAGUCCAGGUCCAGACUCGACGACUCAAAGGGUCUGACAGCUCAGAUUCGCGAUUUUCUUCCUGUUUUGGCUUUGGAUAAUUACCAUAAACAUGUUUUUGUUAUAAAAUCCGAAUUUUAUCAAUAUUUGGUGAUUAUCCUUACCUAAAUAGAAGAUAAUUGUCAAAAUUUAAAUAAUCACUUAUUUUAUUAGAUAAAGUUUGAUUAUUUGUAAUUUAGAUUUGAAUUAUCUUGUAUGAAAAGUUUUAAUUUUCCCCUUUAGGUUUUAUAGUUUAAAUUUGAACUUAAAAGUUUUGUUUUGAAAUUUAAAUAGUUGAAACCCUAAUGUUUUGAAAAGGUUUCAAAACUUGCCCUCAAGUUUUGGAAUUUAAAUUUUGAUUAAAAGUUUAAUUUUGAUGUACGUUUAAAUUCUAAACCCUAAUGUUUUGAAAUGUUUCAAAACUUGCCCUCAAGUUUUGGGAUUUAAAAGUUGAUUAAAAGGUUUAAUUUAGGAAUGUUAAAUUCUAAAAGCCUAGUGAUGUUUUGAAAAGUUCAUAUCACACCCUUAUGGUUUUAUUAAUUAAUUAAGGUGUAUAAUUAAAAGAGGUUUAAUAAAUCCAUAAAAGUUUUGGUUUACAAAUUUAAUUGAAUUAAAAGUAUAAUUUUUAAACUUGACCACCUAGUAUUUUAAAAGGGUAAAAUACACCCUAUACUAUAUAUAACAUUAAAAGUCUAACAUUAUAUAUAUGUAUGAGUAAAAGUCAGUCUUACCGUUAGUAGGCCUCAUUCACGAAGGUAAUCUAUAAGGGGUGUUUAAGGAAAUUACCUAUAAAAUGACGAUUGAAUGGGUAUCCACUCUUACCCACCGCACUCUUGAUUAGUGGAGGGUCGUUAGCCGAACGGGUAGGAUAGGACAGAACUUUCCAUUAUAAGUAUAAUGAAGUAUAAAAGUAACUAAAUGUUUUACAAAUUCCCAAUCUUAGUUACUUUAGGCAAAAGUGAAUUGAUGCAAUUCCAUGAAAUUACACUUUGUGCCCUUGAGAAGACAUUAGUGGAGCGUGUGUGGUUUACCGGCACACUAAAUGGUUCUAAGCAAAGGUAGCAAAGGGUGACUCAAUGUUUGUCAUAGUUCGGUGAAGCGUGUGUGGUUUACCGGCACAUCGAAUAGGUGACUGUAACAUGUGCGGGCUCCAUGUAAGUUUGCAUGGUUAUUCACACCCGCUUUGUGAUCCUCGGCAUCCCAGUCACAAACUAGAGGGGCAUAUUGAGAUUUAAACAUGCCGUUGAAAUGUUCAAUGAAUCUCAAUGGAUCUAGGAGUUUUCAUAGAUUUAAAACUUAAAUUUCUUUUUCGUUUUUCAUGGUGGAAAUUAGUGAAUCGUCAUUCACUUACCUUCAAAUAUUCUACAACUAGAUUACGGCAUCCCUUUUCUAGGUUGUAGCGUAUCGUGUUGGGUCCUAGCCUUAAUAUCUCAUUUGGGUGAUUUAUGAAGGACUCAAUCAAUCAACUAACUUGAAUUUAAUUUUCUCCCGUUUUGUAGAUGUCAAAGUUCGACAACUAUGGUCUUCCCAAAUCCCGUGGAACAAGCAUUCCACAUGAAGAUGAUAUUCCACGAUUCGAUCGAGGAACAAGAUAUCAUGCUUCACUUCCUCCACCUCCUCCAAUUAUUCUCCCUAACCCACAAAAUCGAAGAAUUGAAAGGUUCAAUGUCACUAAAGCCCUAUUGGAAAUGAAACAUGAAGAUGGUAAACCCGUGUGUGCCCACGUUCUAGGAAUGAAAUCACACAUCGAUAGGUUGAUUAUGUUGGGUGCGUUAUUCCCUGAUGAGUUAGCUAUAAGCUGGAUUCUACAGUCACUCCCUGAAUCAUAUAAUAAGUUCAAAAGAAAGUAUUAUAUGAUGGAUCAUGACGCAAACCUCAUUGACCUAACUUACAUGCUCAUUGCUGCUGAAUCAGAAAUGAUUUGGCAAAGCAAUAGAGCAUAUUUGUUGGGAAAGUCAACCAACCAUGCUUCCGAGGACGUUCUAGGAGAACCGACCUGCGUUUGCUGCCAAGAGAAAGGGCGUUGGAUACAAGUCUGCCCUAAGAGCCUGAAGAGUCCAGAAGAUGGGAGAGUCAAAAGUAUGGCUGUGCUUCAGGAUCAGUGAAAAGAGAGGAAGCUUGAUGAAAGAGCAAGAUGAAUCUAAUCAUGAAGAAAUGGAUCUCGAUCGCAUGGAUUUGAAGAUUAGAUUUUUGAGCAUAGAAAGUUAUGAUAGAGUUGUUAGGAAUUUUUCUUUUGACUACAUAGUUUUCAGUUGAUUUUGCAUUAUAAGGAUAAAUGUUUUCCAAAACUUUUAUGAAUAAAAUAAAUU